UCAGGCCUCAUGAUCAAGCGAGCACCGUCGAUGUUUGUGGUUAGGCAUGCUUUAUCGAGUCCUUCCGCACGAUGUAGGAGCCUGCGGACUCACACAUCCCCAGUCCGGUACAUCCAAUCGUCGUCACGUCCGAGGCUGCCCCCACUCGCGUUCGCCUUUGACAUAGAUGGCGUUCUACUCCGGGGACCUCACACCAUCCCCGCCGCACGACGGGCUCUCGAUAUGCUCAACGGUGUCAAUCCAAUGGGAGUGACGAUACCUUUCAUAUUGUUGACCAAUGGAGGUGGACUAGGGGAGGAGGCCCGACGACACAAGCUCAGCUCUCAGCUCGGGGUAGAGAUCCAUAGCAAUCAGAUUGUGCAGGCUCACACCAUCCUCAAAUCAGUCGUGCAUAAGUAUGCCGACAAACCCGUUCUAGUCCUUGGUGGUCGUAAUGAUGAAAUUCGCAAGGUCGCUGAAGACUAUGGGUUCAAGCAUGCCUACACCACACUCGAUGUCCUCGCUUGGAAACCCGAAGUCUGGCCGUUCCAUAACCUGACACCCGAAGAACGCGCUUCCGUGAAGCCGGCAGACUUCUCUGGCAUCCCAAUAUCGGCGAUCUUCGUCUUCCACGACCCACGUAACUGGUCGCUCGACAUCCAAGUGAUCCUUGACGUCAUCCGUUCCCGCGGAAUUGUCGGCGGUCCAUACCUCGACCCGUCACCCACUUCCAACCAGCAGUCGCUACCGCCGGUCGAACUGGUGCUUUGUAAUCCCGAUCUGUUGUGGAAGUCGGACUUUCCACAGCCACGGCUUGGACAAGGAGCGUUCCGCGAAGCUUUCCAGGCCGUCUAUCAGGCUGUCGUCGGGGCUCGGUACCCAUGCGUACAGUACGGCAAGCCGACGAAGGCGACGUACGAGUUCGCAGAGAGUGUUCUCAGAGACCGACUUGAGGAGUUCAGCGGCGAUAGAGUGGACGCAAUGCCUCGCGUCUACAUGGUAGGAGACAAUCCGGAGUCAGACAUUGCCGGCGCAAAUGCAGCAGGCUGGCCUUCGGUACUUGUGAAGACCGGCGUGUAUGACCCUUCACGUGGCCCUCCCACACAUACGCCUUCAUACAUCGCGGAGGAUGUUGAGGAAGCAGUCAGGUGGGCGAUUGAACGAGAAAUGAGGAAGUAGCAUUGGACGUCUAUUGGCGCUAUAGAGUUUUUGCCACUGAUAUUCUCCCUUCAGAUGCAUUGAUAGCAUAUGCACCUGUUUCUCAUCGUUGAUGCCAUUCCGAUUGGGUAUAGCUGUUGAAUGAAACCUAUCUUUUCGCU